GCAUCACAGAUUGAUUUCGUUCUAGGCCAUUUUGGUAUAAGGUCCUUCAUUGGCUUCGGAGUAGGGGCCGGUGCGAAUAUUUUAGCCCGAUAUGCUUUAGUUAAUCCUCAGAAAGUGGAUGCGCUUGCGUUGAUCAACUGCACUUCUACACAAGCUGGAUGGACAGAGUGGCUUUACCAGAAGAUUAACACGCGGCAGCUUCGAUCCAGCGGGAUGACGCAGAGUGCGCUGGAUUACCUUAUGUGGCAUCAUUUCGGGCGCAGCACCGAAGACCGUAACCAUGAUUUAGCACACGUUUACAAAGAUUGCUUCUCACACGUGAACCCAAUUAACCUCUCGAUGUUUAUUGACGCUUAUCUGCGUCGCACUGACUUGGGGAUAGCGCGAGACACGAACACAAUCAAAGUGCCCGUCCUCAAUAUGACCGGUGCGUUGUCCCCGCAUGUGGACGACACUGUCACCUUCAAUGGCCGCCUGGAGCCAUCCAAGACUUCAUGGUUGAACAUUUCUGAUGUCGGAAUGGUUCUUGAGGAGCAACCUAAUAAGAUUGCGGAGGCUUUCAGGCUGUUCCUUCAGGGAGAAGGUUACUGCAGGUAGUCAGGUUGUCGAAGACACUGACGCGAGCGCUGCUUCUACACUAGACGCACACGAUGCUUACACGCGAGCUUUACGAUACAUUUGAUGUAGACACAUUGCAAAUGUAGAAAUGAAAAUUGUUGUUCCUUGUUUUAGAUGUUUAUCGAAAUAAAUAUGUUUACAGCUUA